AUGCCAAUCAAACAGAUCAACACCGAGCUGGGCCACUCACUCCCACCCGAGGCCCCUCACAACAUCACUUUUCACAUUCCCGGCUGGGACACGGCCAAGGCGCUGCGCCGUGGGGACCCCGAACUGCUCAGCAAGCUCUCCUCCAUCUACCCGCGCUUCGGGCCGUGGUGCGAGGUCCGCCAGCUAUCAACUGCUCUGCACCCGCUUCUGGACCUUCCCGAGACCCAUGGCCUGAUCCUCUUUGUUCACCCGGACAUCCUCCAGACCGCCGUCGCCUUCGCGAGCUCGUCGCACCGGCAGAACAAGGCGGCCGGCACGGACCACCGCAUCGCCCCGGCCGAGCUGCUCUUCCGCGCCGUCGACAUCCCCCUGACCCUGCCGCUGCCGCCGCCCGAGCCGCAGCAGCAGGAGGAGGAGGAGGAGGAGGAAGGAGGGAAGGAGGAGAGCGACGGGGUGGUGGUCCGCCUGUUCGCCGUCGGCUACCCGCUCGCGCGCGCCCCCGGCGCCGUCGGCGUGUGGCAGAACUACGGCACGGGCGUCUCGUCGCGCCUCGCCGCCGCCCUGCUCCCCGCCGUCCGGGCCGGCCGCGCCCGGGUCCUGCCGUGGCGCGCCGACGGGGCGACCCUUCUUCGUCUCUCUCCAGACGGCGGCGCCGCGGGCGCGGGCGAGGGCGAGGGUCAGGCGGCGGCGGCGGUGGUGGUGCCUCCUCCGGAGGGGACGUUCCUCCCGCUCGGCAAGGCCCACGUGGCGCUGAGGAGGCGGAUCGCCGACCUGGUGGCGAACGGGGCCGCGGCUGGGGAUGAUGGGGAUGGCGGGGUAGGGAACGGCGGGGAAGGGAACGGCGAAGGGAAGGCGGACGGGGAUGGGAAGAAGGGCGCGAGGGUGACCGCGGAGGACGUGUGGCUCUACCCGACCGGGAUGGCGGCCAUCUACCGGCUGCACCGGGCGCUGCUGGAGGCCCGCGGGGGUAAGGGUACCGUGGUGGUGCUCGGGUCCGUCUUCCACAACACCUGGCACCUGAUGACGGAGAACGAGGCCGGGAUGAAGCACUUUGGGCGGUGCGAUCCCGACGGCCACGUCAUGGAGGCGCUGGAGGCUUGGCUGGAGGGGGAGAAGGCGGCCGGGAGGAAGGUCGCGUACGUGUUUGCCGAGUUCCCCAGCAAUCCGAUCCUGGUGAGCGUGGAUCUGGUCCGGCUGAGGGAGGUGACCAACAAGUACUCCGUCCCCGUCGUGAUCGACGACACGAUCGGCUCCUUCUGCAACAUCGACGUCUCCCCGUUCGCCGACGCCAUCGUCACCUCCAUCACCAAGUCUGUCAGCGGCUAUGCCAACGUGAUGGGUGGCUCCGUCGUCCUGCCUCCCUCGUCACCGCACCACGCCGUGCUGCGGUCCGCCCUGGCCGCCCAGUUCCGCAACGAGUACUUCCACGCCGACGCCGCCAGGCUGCUCGCCAACGCGCGCUCCUACGUCGCCCGCUCCCGGGUCCUCAACCGCAACGCCCUCGCCCUCGCCACCUUCCUGGACGACUACCGCCGCCGGUCCCGCGCCUCCGCCUCCGCCUCCGCCGAGGCCUGCCCCGUCGCCGCCGUGCUCUACCCGCCCUUCACCCCGACCGCGGCCAACUACGCGGCCGUGAUGCGCCCCCACGAUGCCUUUGUGGGAGGCCAGCAAGACGGGGACGGAGACGGAAGAAGAACAACAGUUGGUUUCGAGCCCGGCUACGGCUGCUUACUGGCCAUCGAGUUCGCCUCGCUGCGGGUAGCGCGGGCCUUCUACGACAACCUCUCGGUGUACCACGGGCCCCACCUCGGCGCGCACCACACGCUCGCCUUCCCAUUCAACGACGCCAUCUGGGGCACCGACCCCGAGGCCGCUGCCUACCUGCGCACCUACGGCGCCAAGGCCGAGCAGGUGCGCGUGAGCGUCGGGUUGGAGGACGAGCAGGAGCUGAUUGAUACCUUCAAGGCCGCCCUCGAGGUUGCUGAGAAGGUGAGGCAAGAUGAGCUUGCGGAGCUGGAAGAGCAAGCGAGAAGUCAAUGA